GAGUUGGACAUCUACAAAAUACAUAUUGAAAUGUAGCACUAAAUGGAAGCUAAACGCGUUCUUUCACUAUAUUAAUUGCGUCUACGCUGUCGCUUCUACUCUGGAAGUUUUCCAUGCUCUCUACUUCUGUGUUUGCACGUAACGUGGCGUCUGUGUUGUGGCAUCAUCUCUCUACAUGGUAAAGGUUCCUAAACUUCCAGUUCCGUUCAUCUUUCGGCGUGCUGCAAAAGAGAAAAGAAAAACGUUUUAUUUAGCAGACCGCACUACCUCCGUGAACAGUUCUAGUUCUUCUAGCGUCGGUUGUUUGAGAGCGACAGUUAAAUGCCUUACGAUUUCCAAAAGGAAGAAGAUGUUAAAGAAUUUCUGGAAAACUUGGGCAUUGAGUAUCGUUUCGAGUGCUUCAAGGAGAAGAAGCCGGACGGUUGUCAUCGCCUGGGCGACUACCUAGAGGCGAUCAAGAAAGACUUCGUGCGUGCCUGCAACGUCUACAAGAACAACUGCGACGACAACAACCAUGGCAAGAGCUGCUUAAAGUACGCCAACUACAGGCUCGUUGGCAGAGGCAGCACGAUGGACAAGGCCGAGGCGCACCGCUACUACCGGCGUGGUUGCGAGGCCGGCAACGGCAAGGCGUGCUUCGGCGUCGGUCUCGGUCUCACCGCCCCGGACAGCGGCGUGGCGCAGAACGUGACCGAGGGCCUGGCCUUCCUCUCCAGGGCAUGCGACAUGGGCGCGGCCGACGGCUGCUACUUCGCCAGUUCGCUGUACAUCACCGGAAGAGAGGGGCUGCCGCGCGACCUGCGUCGCGCCUUCCAGUUCGCCGUGCGCGCCUGCGAGUUGAAUUGCAUGGAGGCCUGCUCCAACGUGGCCCUCAUGUACGCCAGGGGACAGGGGGUCGAGAAGGACGCCGCCGAGGCUAAGCGAUACCGAGCCAUCGUGGCCGAUCACAACGAGCAGCUGAAGAGCAACAGGGGCAUCGAGAUGGAGCAGGGCACCAGGAACUGACCGUGGCUGUGGAGAAAGCAUUGCGUUACGAAGCGCCUAGAGGAGCUUUCUGCUAAAAUCACCGUAGUGAACUCUGGCGCUACGAUCGUUCGGCCUCCAUGGGAAAGAUGAUUAGUACGUGAAUUUGCGUGAUCUUCGUGCUUGUGGCUUCAUAUAUACGUUCUCUUGGCCUUGUUCGCUAUGCUUUAUCGGCCUUAGUUGACCAAAAUACUGAAACAAUCCUAUUUUGUUAAGCGCAGAACGCGACAUAACUCGGCACACUUGCGUAAUAACUGCGCAUUGUGGCCCUUAUGUUGCAAAAGUUUGUUGAAAAUGACUAUUCUUCAAUCUAACGAAGCCGUUUGAAGCCAUACGGUCGAAUUUUAGGCAAAUGUAUACGCUAAUCUUAAUUGCCGUUCUAGUUCAACUGUCAUGCCUGGAGCACCCGUAAACACUAGUGCCGCUAGUAAUUAAGCGAGCUCACCGCGAAGCCACUCUUUUCACUUUUUCCUUCGCAGAAUCGGCCCAACGUCUGACCUCUGAAGGUCAGCGAAUUGACCAAAAAUGUUCAGUUCCCGGUAGCUAUUAAUCGAGGCGCACUUCUUCGGUUGACCUGCCGUACUCGCUCUUCCUCCAGCGUGGGAGCACUGAAAUCUACCGCGUGCUCUAGCGUGGCGGUCACGUGUUUGGUCGAUGCGUUUGGCAUCCCUCGUGUUGCGCAAUGCUCCCUCUUCUUUCCUCCGUGGCUGCAACGUAGCCGCGGAAAUGAAGAACGGCGGCAUAUACGAGUCGUCGCGUCAUAUAAGGUUAGUUCUCUCACUGAGCGAAAUGUUCGCCGAGAAAGGUUGAGUUACGAGAAGCUGCUGUGGUCGUGUACUCAGUGUCAACACGAACUUUGGAAAAUUGGGGAAAUAUAAAAUGGCUAGGAAAACAGGCAGGACAGUCGGCUGUCAAGAAAACCCAAAGCGGGCAAAGGGGGUCCCUUGAUGGCACAUCGUGGUUUUGUUGUGGUCCAUUAUAGACUAGAAGAAGACUCUAGGUGGCGCCUCGUUGUAUUCUAGUCCCUUAAACGGAGAAAGACUCCUGGUGUCUGUGACUUCAGAUUCAGCGGGGAAUUUUGCUUUUACGCGUUCGCAGUGAAAUAGUGACCGUGGUGGCUAUGCAUCGCGCUCACAGCUCCAGUAGUGUUCCUGAUAGUAUAAGCUCCUAUGGCCUGGAGCGCCUUCCUCGCCUUUGUAGUCGGGUGGUCUAAAUUGGGCGGGAGGUCGUCAGUUUGCCUCAAUCGACGCCAGUAACAAAAGCGGCGCAUGACGAUAUGCUACGUACCGUUCCAUUUUUUUUUUUUUUUUUUCGGUGGUUAGGUCUGCCGAUCGAGUGUGGCACUGUCUAAACAUCGUCCUACGCGCGGCCUUCCACUCCCUCAGGAGCGCAGAGUUGGGAGUCCACCGAGUCCGGGUUUCCGUGUAGAACUGUAUGUCGAGUCAAAAUAAAUGCAAUUGCACUUUUUGGCCGUGUUCUCGCCGCCGGCGUUGUGUUCCGGCUACGAAGGUGCAUGCGCGGCCCCCGCACCAAGGCUUGAAGGUCACGUGAUCUUCGGAUACGAGGGCGACGUGUGCAUGAGGGAGCACUAGAAUGCGGUUGAGUGGGACGAGCGGCUGGGGCGGCGCAUGCGUUGCGGCGAGGUGCACGACGACGAAAAAAUACUGCGGCGGUUCUGCGAUCGAACUGGAUUGGGCCGCAUCAGGGUCGCGCCUUCAGAAACUGCUGGCGAUUCUGCUCGGCGGGGUCGUUCGUACUGCUUCGCGUGCUACCGUUUGCGAUCAGACCGUUCAAAUGGUGUUGGAUACGACAUGUACAAAUAAUUGGAUACGACAUGUACACUCUUAACCCAAAUUACACCCUUUGGAUAUCGUAUCUUGCCACACAACGAUACACGUCAUCUGUCUUUUUCGUAUUUCCUUUCUUUAGCGCUGGCAGCCCGGUAGUUCCAAGUUACGAACGGCAUGCGCGUUACCAGCAUGACAGAGCAUUCUAGGCAGGAAAGUAGCGAGCGCAGCGUUUCCAAGAAAGGAAACGCGAUCACGACGGAUGACGAUUAUUGUUGUGUGGCAAAUAUACACCCCAAAGCGUGUACGUUUGUCUAAGAGUGUAUUUUUGCCUUAGGAAUAGAUGUAUUUUUCUCUCUGCUUUAUUUCAUUUUAUUGGUUUUUGAUGCCGCUCGGUGACUGCGCGUGCAUUGCGGCCGCAGUGACGGCUUUCAUUCUGCUAGGACCAUUGUGUACGGUUCCCUCUAGAGAAAAAACAUUUUCCUUGUUCCUUGUAGUUUUUCAUCAGUUGGUCUUGCGAAGUGCAGAAGGAAAAGAAACAUGUGUAAAUGGCCUGCUUGCCGCUUCAGACAAAUAAGUCAUAUCGGCCCCAUCUGGCGCCCUGUACUCAUAUUUACGGGAAGCACUCCGACAGAAAAAAAAAAAAAACUGCAGUGCAACAUACCAUUCAUGUUUCCGUCUUCCUCGCGUAACAGAACGCGGAGUAAUCGGCACGUUUUUUUUUUUUUAUUGCGGUCGGCACUCGGGCGCCGAGAACAGCUUUAUAUAGGUAGCGUUUAUAUAUGCUAAUAUUUGGUCAUAAGCCAUGUGAAAUUUUUUGACCAGGCCAUGCUCAACAGUAACAACAAAACUCAGUGUCCUUCCACUCUGUGAAGAAGGAUGACCAGCGAAGCUGUGUAUGUGGGCGCCUUAAUGGCGAACUGCACCUCCGCCGCGGUUCGGCCCGGCAUUGUACUAUCUUCGUGAUUGUCGCCUGCGUGGCCUCCGGCGAGGAUCAGCCUGGCAUUGCAGCACUAUCUUCGGGAUGUUUUUCUACACGCGGACGCGUUAGUGGGGAAAGCAGCGCUUAACAGUUUCGCUGUUAAGUGGAUAUGGCGUUGCGCUGAUAAACUCGAGCUCACGGGUCCAAACCAGGUCGCAGAAUUCGAUGGGAACUAAAUGGAAAAGCACUCGUGUAAUUCGGUUUAGGUGCACGUUAAAGAACCCCAGGUGGUGAGAACUGAACAAGGUGCCUUAAGCGCUUCGCCAGACGUAAAACGCCAAAAUUUGUUUUAUAACAAAAAAACAAGAAAGAGUAAAAACGCAGCUGCGUCCUUCGGCUUUUUUCUAGAGGUGUAAACGAAAUAAAUUAUUCUCGAGUCUGAUUUCCGAGAAAAGCAUGUUACGCUUACCUUAUAUUUCAUACCUAAAUGUAAUGCCGUUCCCGACUGUACGUCCGCUCAACUAAGCAGCUUCUUUAUUAUAAACGACUGCUUUCAGUUAUCCGGUGUACUAUCAUAAGGCAAUAAUGGAGCAAUUAAAGGAAGGGCAUGCCUCAUAUACACGUGGAGAUGUUUCUAGAUCUGCUGCAGUGUGUUCGUUGAAAAAUAUAAGUGUGGUACCACAUGGCGCACCCAGUUUUAAUGGGUCGCAGUCUUGCAGACAUGGUGAGACUGUCAAAAACAUGUUUUCCUUGCCUGAAUCAAGUUUCCAGAUUUACAGGCUGUCCCAAAACGGGCUGUUCAUUUUGAAUGACAGCUAGGAACUUGUUCAGCAGAACCGAUUAGCACACGUGCGUUAAUUCUCUCGGGAACUGUUGCGCCUCGGCGCAACAACCACGACUCUCCAGCAGCACAAUCAUUCGAAAUAAGAGUCCUCACUGGCGUCGGCCCCUCACCUUCGAGGCUUCAACAGUGCUCUUCUUCCUUACAUUCGAACGCAAACGGCUAUUCAACAAUUUUUAAUAGUGAAUUCUGAAGUCGAAUACAAUCUGGAUUGCAAAUGCCAUUCGAAUAGGCUAUGUGUUUCUACUUCAUUUUUCCUGCUGGCACGUUAAAGGACAUCGCCAGGCAAGCCAUGGAGAUUAAUUUCGUCAAGACUUCCCGGUCUCCCCGAUUGAGUCAGAGCACACAGGCAAUACCUUGUCCCUAACACUGUUGUUCAUAUUAACGUCCAAUAAUUGCCUUUGUUCCUUUUCUCGGAAAGUCUGUUGGUUGACCUGGGGCUGGUGCAGCUUUUAAAACAAACAUGCUUAUUCCGGACGGGAGUUCUCACUUUAUCAAUCAGUGCAUUCAGAAUCUUUUAUAAUUUUUCUCUUGCGCAUAUGUCGCGUGCCCUUAGGUUUACCUAGAAGUGCAUUGGUCAUCUGCAUCUAUUCGCGCCACGCAGUUAAUGAACCUGCCUUCACCCGAACACUCGGAGAACAAGGACGCCCCCACUACAUACAAUGAAGUCACGAAACACAACUACCUACAACGUAGAGAGUAUAGCACGCCACACCGCACGCUCACUCUAGCUCAAGCGGUUACACUCAGAAUGCUACAAACAGACACGUACCCCACGCAAAACAGACUACACCAUAACAUGCCUGAGCUCUACGACAAGUCUCAUUGCACCAAUUGCAAUACAUCCCUUAACGUCUAUCAUUUACUGUGGCCGUGCUCGCAAGCUCACAUAAACUGCGAACAGGACAAGCGCAAGUUUGAGGAAGCAAUCCGGAACGAAGAACUAGCUCCCCAACUCUGGGCCGUCCAGCAGGUCCACGACGCCGCCAGGAGACUCAACCUCCCGGUUCCGUCGUGGGAGACGCCCACUCCAUGAGAGCCCCAAGCUCUCAUGGUCUGCAGGACCUCGAAUAAAGUUGGUUUCCUUCCUUC